ACGCUGCCCACGCUCGCACGCCGCCGGAGCCCGAGAAGUAGCGAUUGCUGUCAGUGGGUGUGCGCGCACAACGCCCGUGUACGAUGGGCAGCCUCCAAAAUGCCGUUAGGUCCGGUGCGAGCGCUUCAGCGUCGGGACGUGACAGCCCGCCGGUCAGUUUCGGUCAGCUGGGAAUACCGACGGGCCCGGAUCUACGGAACACUACUCUUUUUGGGCCGAUCAAGCCACUGAGCGCCGUGUCUCGAUUAGAAUGGGCAUUUUUUACCAUUUCAUCACUGAGCCUCUUAGUGUCCCUAGGCUUCACAGUGGAACGCCUCAUAAGCCUAGAAAAGGACACGGAUGAUUACACUUUUGCCAUUAUGUUAUGCUUCACAUCAUUAUUCUGUUUCUUCUACAUCGUGCAUGGUAUACUGAAGGAACGAUACCAUGAAAUUGCUGUCUUCAUCUUUAGCAGUAUUCUUCUACUGGUGUAUUUGAUCCUCAACGUUGUCUCUCCAAGCCAGACUGCUCGAGCAUCAAUUCAGAAAAAGGUGCGACUAGGUGUGGCUGUCUUCUUUUUACUUGGCAUCAUCUACCUCGGUGGGAAAGUAUCCCAUAGUUACUGGAGUGAGCGCAGGUUGCUUUUUCGCAUCAAUGCCAAGGAAGACUUGCAAGCCAUGCUCGGAUGGCUUUUCCUCUGCUCCUCUCUCAUCUUCUUCGACGUGCAGUUACAGGGCACCAUGCUCAUCUUUGUCAUGAACCACGGUACAGAUGUGAGUCACGUCGAGAUCAUUGUGCUGGCUGUUGGACCAGUUGUGACCCUGGCUGGGGCCAUUGCUGGGGAAUUCACUAUUCGCAAGGAAAGCAAAGUCUGGCUGUCCAUUUUCGUUGUGCUAUGGUUCCCCAAUGUUGUCUACAUAGGCCUGAAGCUAUACGACCUGAAACCCAGCGAAUCAUGGACAGUUUUGUACAAAGCUACAGUGGCGUGUGCUGUGGUUGCCCUGCUUAUCCGCUUGGCUUUGGCUUUCACCAUGUACAAGGUGGUGCGCAACUUUGGCCGUGGGCUUCGAGAAAAAUUAUCUGCAGGAGAAUCAUUGGAGUCGCUGCGCCCUUCCACUUACUACCGCUACUCUGCUCCUGACGUGGGCGUAGCUCAUUCGCCCGGCAGUGGAAGCCAUUGGGACCAAUCAGUCACAGGCAACUGAGCAUGCUGGAGUUAAAGCGUGACCUGGACUUAGAGCAUGGUUGCACUAUGUGCUGUAGAAUGUCCCAUCAAGAGUGCCCUUUCAAGGAUGAUCAAGAUCCAGUGCUAUGCACCAUAGCUCACAACAGCAGUGUCUGCAAGCAACCGGCAAAUGUUGAUGUGCUCUUUGUGUCAUGCUAUUGAAGUUUGGAUGCAUCUAUGCAUUUGUGUGCCAUCUUGCAAAAUGCUAGUCUCACUAUGAAUGAACUGCAGCUGAUAACCAAACAUAGUCACUGUCGCAUAGCAAUUGAGUGAGUUAGCUUAGUGCAACAUACUUCGGUUACAUUAUUUUGGAUGCGACACGAUUAAAGCUGUGUGUUUCAUGCAUCAGGCGGUGAGAGCUACAAACAGCAACGUGCGGUGACAUUCCAUCUGUUAUAUUCUGUUCAUGUGGCUUCCAUUUCAUGGUAAAUGCAAGCAAGUUCCUAGUGUCACUUUUUUAUUUGUGCUCACAAUGAACAUUAUUUUCGAUAUCCUCAUUUGUAUGUCGCAGAGCUUGAUUUUAUUGUUCACGUGUUACAUUGUUCUUAUUAUAUAGUGAUCUCAAUAUGUGCUGAGCAAUUGUUAGUUCACUGAACCCUAAGUCUUAGUGCUACUAGAAUUAUAUGUUACUGUGUAUCAUGAAAAUACACCUCAAGUGCCUUGUGUGUUAAAAGCUGCCUCUUAUAUGCUUUGUCAGCCUGUGUAUUGGCAAUAUUUGUGCCUUAGUGUAUUGCCCCAAGUUCUGCAGACUGGUUGUGCCUCAGCAGCACUCACCUGACUGCAUCUGCUCAUCGCUUGUGUUCUUGUGGCUUCUGUUAAAUGACAGUUUUUCGUGAAUGCUUGAAUUAUUGCACGACAUUCAGAAGUGUCUGUGGCAGGCAGUCAUGAAAGAUGUAGUGGCACGUGUCAAGUAUUGGAAUCUCAUCAUCAUAUUGCACCAGUAUUCAGACUUGAUGAAAAUGAUUGUAAAUUUUUGUAGUGCACUUUCUCAUCUUGAUUGAAGCAAAUGUCAAGACCUUCCCUUCUUGAGAAAACAGAAGAAUGAGAAAUUCAACCAUGGGGGAAAAAAAGUCAACCACUUGGACAGCCAACCACUUGGACAGGCAGACACACUGCCAGUGUGUUACCUGCCUUUCUGUCCUCAUCCAAGUAGCAACCCCCUCACUAUGUUCAACUAACGAGCUCUGGCAAGCACAAUUCUUGGAAAAAAGAAGUUUGAAUGACUUUUUUUUUUUUUCGACUGUUCUUAUCACUGCACCAUCGCAUUGUGAACAUGAGGAAAGUUUGCAUUUACUGAACCCUUACUGCGGCAUUAAUGGUCACACAAGUUGGUUUAGCCGAAUGGCAGUCCCCUCUGGACACAUGUAGAAAGCUAUGCUGUUUGUGACAGGAUAAAGUUAGUGGAGCACUACUUUUAACUAAACAUGAACUUCUCAAGUAACCUCAAAUUUUUCAGAUAAAAAAAUUUCCAAACAAAUUAAAAGCCUGGCAUCACUAUUUACUGUUUACUUUGAUGUAGAGCUUUAACGUGUAAUGUUUUUUUUGAUGACCCAAGCUCAUUGCGUCAAAACGUGUUCACUUGUUACACAACUAAGCCUUCAGAGGAGCCCUUCUGUAAUGUAGAGACUACUCUCGAUUACAGACUAGUAUUCUAAUAACUUUUCUGGUCAAACUUAGUGCUAAUCUGUGGGCCAUCUAUAGGAAAAGUACAUAUCAUUGCAGUCUUAGUCUCCGAUGCAUACAUUUAUCUUUGGUUCUCCUUCGUAUCCACCUGUCUCUUCAGCAUACUAUAGUGCCCUCUUUUUUUCUUUAUCUCUUACCUAUUCAUCACUCAUUUUUUAUUCUACACCGUUUUCCUUUUUAGAGACACUAGCAGUUGUUUGCUGCUCAUCUGGCGGUACUUGCCAGUGAGCUCUCUCAACUCUUUAUCUACACAAACCUAAUGGUAAUUACCGUCCUUCUAGCAGAAGCUGGCAAGUUCGAAAUUGUCAAUGUGUCACGAUCUCGUCAACAAUGUCUUCCCAUAUGUGUUGUUAAUGCCGCCACUUGCAAGCAAAUUCUCACACCUGUAAUCUGAAGGCACUUCACAGAAUGUUGCAUCCUCUGCCAUUGUUAUUCAUGGAAGUUCACUGUUUAAUGUCAAACAAAGCAUUAAUAGAACCCUUGUCAACCACGCAAGUUACGUUCCUGUGUUUCCUCGUAAAAGAUGCACCGUCAUGUCAUUCAAGACUGCAUGUAAAGAGAUACUUGUAAAAAUACGGCAUUUCUAGAAAUGCCAGCAUCUGUGACAGCAUGACUUGUUUUUAUUAAACAUCUGUACAAUAGCUCUCAGAUUCCUACUCAUAAGGCUUGGCUUUGCUGCUCCGA